GUUUUCUCUCUUCGUUGUAAUGAGGGCUACGGUAGACCUCAAUUUCACCAUCCAAUCUAUUAAGAGUCUCUCUUUUCCUCUUCGCUUAAUUCCUCCCAUUCUAAAUAUGAGAAUUCGAAAUAGCCGGCCUUCUUUUCCUAUUCCACAGGUGCCGCAAGCUGUACUAAGGUCUAACCAUCUUCGUUCACAGUUUCGGCACUUUGAUGAGCGAUUCUUGGUUGAAGAAGAGAACCGGCGCAUUGGAUGGCUGUAUUAUCCUUUAAGAAAACAUUCAAGUCUGGAUGUACAAAAGGUGCGGCCACAUGAUGGGCUCCAAUCAGCAAUUGCUAGCGAAAUCAAAUCUUCAGAUUUUGUAGAAAAGAAAACUGGAAAAGAGAAUUGCAUGCCUGCGAUGCAAAGCCAUGUGUCACAAAAACUUGAAGAACCUGAUAAGGAAGGAAGAACAUCAAAUUCUUCUGCAUCUUCUAAAAGGAAUGUAAAAGGUCCCAGGUUUUCAGCCAGUGUUGUCCUUGCCCUUCCAGCACCCUGCACUCAACCAGCUCGUGGCAAAAAAGUUUAUCGUACACAAAAGGAACUUCCCUUGAAGAAAAGGAAGAAGUCCCGGAAAUUGGAAAUUGAAAGAACGCAGGCAGAAAGGGAAGAAGCUACUACUGUAAAGCCGGCCAGAACAAAAGAAGCUUUCAACAAGCAUGACACCAGUCAGGUGAGGACCUGCAUCAAUUGUUUGUUGAAUUGUGAAUUAUCGCCCCCUCAUUCAAGCACUUAUGAUUCGCAUGGGCUUCAAAAUGAAGAAGAUAAGUUGGUGGAAACAGCUACUCUGCAUGGCGAAAAGCCAAACAGAAAGAGGGGAAGGCCAAGGAAGGCUUCAGUGCAUCAGUCAAUGGCAACUUUAGGCAUGGAUCAAAGCUAAUGCAGAGGAGUGCAAGGCCACACAUGAAAUAAAUACUCAUUAAUUAAGACAUCAUCAUGAUUUCUUUCCCCUCUCUUUGCAGUAUAAUUCAUGUUAUGUAUUGCUGGAAACUGAACCUAAAACUUUGUAGUUAGAAUGCCUAGUUCAAAACUACGGGGUAUUAGUCCCUUGGGGAAUUGCUACUGUAUGUGUUGUUGUGGUAUGAAGUUACAGUUACUAGUUACUGUUUAGAAUAAUAACUCAGCAUAAGUAUGGUAUGCCUAUGCUGAUUUUAACCA